CCGCCAGCAACUCGAACAACGAUGAUGAAGCUGCUGACGUGCACUGCUGUGGUGUUGGUGCUGGUGGCUGUGGCUGUCUUUGGCCACGGUGCAACCGCUGCCCCGUCCUUCCGAGGAGCAAAGCCACAAGACCUCCACCGCUAUGAAGAUGCAAAGGACAAAUUCACGUGCUUUGACGGAAGCGCCAGCAUCCCUGUCACGGCCAUCAACGAUGACUUCUGCGACUGCGCCGACGGCAGUGACGAGCCAGGGACGUCUGCCUGCUCCAACGGCCAGUUCUACUGCGCCAACAAGCUGCACACGCCGCUCUUGCUUCGGUCGACGCGCGUGAACGAUGGUGUCUGUGACUGCUGCGAUGGAACAGAUGAGUACAACGGCCUGAUCCUGUGCGAGAACACCUGUGAAGAGGCUGGCCGUGCCGCCCGAGAGGAGGCAGAGCGCAUGCGCCGUGUACAACGCGAAGGCUUUGCUCAGAAGCAGACACUCAUCCAGCAAGGGCAACAAGCCAAGCAGGAGAAAGCCGCGCGCAAGGCGCAGCUGGAGCAGGAGGUGGAGGAGGUUGCCCGCAAGGUGGAUGACCUUGAGCAGAAGAAGAUGGACGUGGAGACCCCAGAGCGGGAGGCCAAGGAGAAGUUUGAUGCCACCUGGAAAGAGACCGUGGCUGCCCAGGCAAACCGCGCCAAGCGCUGGCUCUUUGAUCUCCUCGACAUCAACAAGGACGCCGUUAUCACCCUCGAGGAAGCAAAGCAGCACCCCGAGUUUGAUGAGGACAAGGACGGUGCCGUGUCGGAGGAGGAGCUCAUGUCUGUGUUUGACGACGACGACGACAGCGCGCUGAGCGACGAAGAGGCGCAGGUGACCUUUGAGUUCUUCACGGAGAGCAUCUACCCCGACAUCAAGUCUCGCUUUUCGGAGCGGGAGGGCGCAGUGAAGGAGCACACGGACGCAGACAAGCCCCCAUAUGACGAGGACAUCCAAGCCCUCAUCUCAGCUGCCGAGGAGGCGCGCCAGGCGUUCACGGCGGCGGAGAACCAGCGCCUGGACCUCCAGCGCGAGCUAGAGACAAUCGAGAAGCACCUUGGCUUUGAUGUCGGGCACCACAGCGAGUUCUUCCCUUUGCUUGAGGAGUGCUUCGACAUUGUGGAUCGCGAGUACCGGUACAAGCUCUGCAUGUUCGAUCGCGUGACACAGGAGCCGAAGAACGGCGGCCGCUCCACCAGCCUUGGGUCAUGGCAAGGAUGGGAGACGGAAGCAGGGCAGCCCAACUAUUCGCAGGCGACGUUUGCCCACGGCGAAAAGUGCUGGAACGGCCCAGAACGAUCUACACAGGUGAUGUUCGUUUGUGGAACAGAGACCAAGGUGGUUGAAGUUGGUGAGCCGAACCGCUGCGAGUAUAUGAUGCGGGUUGAGACGCCUGCGGCCUGUGCUGCUCCCACGUCAGAAGGCGAGGAGGGGCGCCAGCACGACGAGCUGUGAUGACUUCUGUUGGCGUGACAGUAAAAUUUCGAUUUCGCG